AUGAAAGGGAAAGGAAGAAAAAGAUAUAAGCGAGAUUUACAAUUUUUAAGGACAAGGGAAAAAGAAGGAAAAGGUAAAGAAGAGGGGAAUGAAGACGCGAAAGAAAAAGAUAUAAAAGAAAGGAAAAGGGAAAGGAAAAGAGUAAGAAAGGGAAAAAGAUAAUGGGAAAGAAAAAAUAAAAGGAAAAGAGAAGAGAAGAAAGGGGAAGAAAUUAAAUGGGAAAAGAAGGAAAAGAGAAAGAAAAAGGAAUAUGGAAAGGAAAUUAAAAGGGAAAGAGAGGAUAUGGAAAGAAAAGUGGAAAUGGAAAAACAAGGGGACAGAGAAAGAAAAGAAAGGAAAAGAAAAGAAAAAAGGAAAGAAAAGAAAAGAAAAGAAAAGAGAAAAAAAAAGGAAAAGGAGAGAAGACGAAAAGAUUAAGAAAAAGAAAUGGAAAGAAAGGGGGAGAGGGAAAGAAAAGAGGAAAGCAAAAGGAGAAGGAAAAGAGAAGUGGGAGAAGAAAGCAUGGAAAAGGAAAAGGGAAAGAACAGGGAAAAAAAAGGAAAGUAG